AACUCAUAAGAACAUAAAUUAAAACAGAAUAUCUUACCAUAUACAGAACAUGUCAAGUUAACAACAGAACUGAGUUUUUUUUUGUUGUAACUGAUGUCUUCAUCCGGGGAAGCGUUUUAAAUAAGAUCAGUGGCUUUUGAGUUAGCUAACUACUCCAACGAACCAAAGGAAUAGUAUUUUUUUAAAAAAAAAUGGAGGAAGAGAGAAACCAAAAGCCACAUCGAGUUUCACGUAAAGACCAGAGCGGGUCCCACCGGAGUUAUGGAACGGGUGAUGAAGCGGCGCCGAGAGUCAAAUGCUCGGGGGAAAGGUGUCGGUCGUGGGCGGCGGCGGUGAUCGCAGACUGUGUGGCGCUUUGCUGUUGUCCCUGCGCCGUCGUGAACCUCCUCACUCUUGCCCUCGUUAAGGUCCCGUGGAUGCUUGGCCGGAAAUGUAUGGGCCUGAGUAAGAAGCGGAGGAAAAAGAUACACCGUGAGCGUGAGGAACGGUUUCGUCACCACCACCGGGGGUCAGAGACGGUGAAAGGCGUGAGUGGUGGUGGAUGUUGCGGCGGAGUGGCCAGAGAGUUCGAUGACCACUGGUUUGUGGUGGAGAGAGAUGGGAGCCUGACGAAAGAGGAAGAGGAGGAGAAAACGGCGUCGUUAAAGGGAGAGGAUGAGGCAAGGGUCAGUGCGAGAGUAGAAGCUGAGAGAGUUUGGUUGGAAUUGUAUCAGAUUGGACACCUUGGCGGCUUUGGUAGAGUCUCUUUCACUCAGUAACAUAAUUAACUAGGCCCUAUAAUUUCAAGUACCAUAUAUGUUUUUUUGUGUGUUGUGACAUUAUUUGGUACAGCAAAUGAUAAACAAUACAAUUACAUCCAAAUCGUAAGUUGUAGAAAAGGUCUUAUUUUGGUUAUGGC